CUACUAUCACGUGCGGUGUGCUUCUCUGAUAGCAGACUUGCCAGUGCCAGGGUCGAUGUGGAAAUUGGCGCUUCAUUUGAGCUGAAGUUAGCCUCCCAAGACACAUUUUGCCAGUGUAAUACUGGUGUGUUCGAUUCCAGCUUAGACUUAUGCGACGUUCAACUCCUAGACAAGUCACUGGCACGAUCACGGUACCAAGGUCGAGCCUAUCAUUCUAAUAGUAGUACUGGGACGGUGACCCAGCCCCUGGCGUACCGAUGAUGCAUAGGGAGGCUAAGGAAGCACUCGGACGCAGAAGUCGAUGCAUUCAUAUUGAUGCAUGUUGUAUGAUCAUGUCCUGGCUCCUCCUGGCUCCAACCAAAUUUCCUUUGCAAGUUACAUGAAUACACACGGCUUAUCUUGGCGCAGAAUAAUUUUUAGCUUGGGUUUUAUAAUGCGCUACUACUAGUAAGCGCUCGCCCACCCUUCUUCGCCUCUCAUGGCAGCUUUCUCCAAACCGACAGAACAAGAUUGGCGUCCAUCCGUCCGUCUUGCGUAUGACCCACUCCCGAAUCGCCAGGAUGACUUUGGUUCCGUGACGUCUGACCCAAAGUCCACCCCUGGAACCGAUUUCUAUGACCGCAGCCUGACAAGUCGCAGAUAUGCCCUUGUUGGACUCGCAUGCUCGAGUGUUGUCGGCUGCUUUUGCAUCAUUUCAGCCAUUGUCAUUAUGGUUGGUUACGGCGCAGUCGACGGAGCGGCUCAAAAGACACUAAGCAGCAACCUGCACAAAGAUAUACUGGUCCUGAUGCUAAACUUAAUCGUCACAAUAUGCACCGAGUCCACAGGCUUCGUGCACAGCCUCUCAUUGCGCUCUGCACUAGCAUCAGAGUCCCGACUUCGUUUCAACUCUAAUCUGCGCCUCCUGACUGCAGCUCGCGGAUGGAGAAACCCAAACGGUUCACUACUUAACAGCGUCAUGGCUCUCCUCCUCGUUAUAUCCUACAGCUCGGCCUUACUCGUCAUAAUCACUCUCAACUACUACACUCACUGGUCGACAGGAGAGAUUACCGUCUCCAUCGCAGGGUUACCUCUCCUCCUUUUGGGUGUUGCACUUCUCCUUCAGGCGGUGAUCGCACUGUCAGGGAUGCGCACUGUCAAAAUAUUGACAUGGAGCUCCUCACCUUUCGACUUAACCGCCGCUCUGGUCCACCACACGCAAUUGACCUCGGUCCCUUUCCGGUGCAUGCGUGGCGUGUCCGACCUGAACGCAGAAGCAGGGCCAGUGAAACCGUCAGAGACACAGCCCUCCGCGUGGCAGGCUCACCCUAGCAUCCGGAAAGUCAUCAUUUCUCUCUGGGGGCUCGUUCUAGCAUGUGCUGGAUAUGCCAUGCUCAUCAUGUACAUAUCAAACAAGUAUAACGGCGGCAUGGAACCCACCCCUGCGCUAACCAUGGGAUCAUGGUCAUUCUUCCCCAGCGAACAGUCCAAUGCUGUCGUGUAUUACCUUCCAUUUUGGGGGCCGGCGUGGAUGAUUUUGUUUGUCAACCUGGCACUUGUCCAGGGAUCGAUAACACUCGGGCUGCAUUGCUCGGAACUCAUCGUGAAUGUCAUUCAAGAUGAAAGACGGUGGAGAUGUGCUACUGGAAGGAAAGGACUCAAAACGGCGACGAACCCACUGAAGUCGAUUUUCACUAAUCCGCUUAAUCUUGUACUUUUCAUCACAAAGCCUGCGCUCCACUGGAUAUUUGGGCUGUCAUUCACUCUGUUUGGCACCGCGGGUACAAAGACGCUGGAAACGGUCAGGAUAUUCAUGUUUACAGCCCAGAUCUGGAACUUAUGUAUAACACUGUUUAUAUUUGCCAGUUUCUUCACUCUCGUCGUAAUGUUUCGACCGCGCGGCCCCCAGCCGGCUGCAUAUGGCCACCUCCAGACGCUCGCCAACCUGGUGGACGAGUGGUCACCAGUGAUGUGGUGGGGUCACAAGGAAGACCAAUCCCCGUACUGCCAUGCUGGAACCAGUGAUCACCCGCUGCCGGCUGUCAAUAUGGACUGUGUUUAUGCUGGCCCCGGCGUCGGGUCUCGUCCUUCUGUCUCAUCGGAAAUAUUUGUAAACGGAGAAGCUACAACCAUGCUGGCAGUCGGGCCGGUGACACAUUAACGGUGCGGACAACCAGCUGCGCCGUCAAACGAGAUAGAUGUUUAUGCUGUUUGGCGCCUGCUGAUUCGGCUCGCAAUGUUCUUUUCUGGACAAAUCUUCUGACUGAGAGUUCUUCGUCGCACGUUGUAACGGAAAUUCGGACACUCAAGCGUAUUUGAGAAAUUAUGGUCCAGAUGACUUGAAACCCCUGGAACCAAAAUACUCAGUAAAUUCUUUUCCCC